CGAUCUAUCUUCUUUGUCACGCGCGAUGAGUCCAUCUCCACGAACAGAUGUUUUGAAAGAUCGAUUCGAACCAUUUGUUCUUAUCCAAUAAUUUUUCGUUUUCCCGUUUAAAUCGAUUCACUAGCAGGUAACAGAGCAAUAGCUGUGUAACGGUCACGUAUCGUUGUGUUUUUCUCAAACAGUAGCGCACGUUUAUUAAUCGAUUUCUAUCCCAUCGCGAUUCAGACGUUUAGAACAUUAAAGAGAUUUUCGUUUUAUUUUCAUCCGGCAGCUCAACAAUCAUUGCGCGUAGCUAUACUUGCGUCUGCCCGGUAUCAUGUGAGUUUGUGUGUCAGGCAUGGUGUUGAUCUUUAACUUUGUUGCGCUUAGCGAAAUAACCGCUCUACGGUUUGUAUAUCGCUUAGAAUAGUUGCAUUGAACCACAUAUUUCGCGACGAAUGUUAUUCGUAGUACGUUUUCUAGACGAAACAAUCGCGAAAACGAUUUACUUUAGCUAUUUUGUCUAAACGUCGAUAGAUGAAAACAACAAUUACGGGUGUUUUCAAAUUAUAUAUUUAUAAACAGAGUAUGAUUAUACGUAAUCGAGGAAACGAAAAAAAAAGAAAAAAACGACGUAACGUAAUAAGUAAAACAUUACAGAAAUCUAUUAAUGAUAAUUAAAAUUUCAUGGUAUACUCGAGGGGGGGGGGAUCUGUGAAUUAUGAUCUUGAUCGGAAACGAAAACUGCAAGAGUAUGAUAUUAUAGCAAUGUAAUAUAUAUUAAUGAUUAGAAUUGUUUCCAGACAAUCAAGUGUUUAAAGCGACGCGACACUGAAUUACUCAAAUAUACGCGUAAUAUAUUUUAAUUGCUUCGAUAGAAAUCUGAUUUGAAUGAAAUCGGUUUAUGUUUAACACGUAUCCGCGAUAACCGAUCCAUGCCCCAGAGAGAGAGAGAGAGCAGCUGUGCCGGACCGGACGUGAUGUUGUAAUAAUACAAGAAAGACUAGCAGUACCUACCUAAAGCAAUAGUUGUCGUGUAUAUAAACGACAUGUAUACGUAAUGAUAAUACUCGUUUGAAAAUCAUUUUUGGUGUAACGGACUUGAUCGUCAAAACGUAAUACAUAAUAAUAUUAUUCAUUAAAGUAUAAAUGACUUCCGUAUUUUCGGCAAGGAUCGUAGUGCGUGUUGAGAGAUGGAAGGAUUGCGUAUAACUCCGAAAAUCCGCUUUUUCUAGUCAUGACUCGUAAGAAAAUGUAUAAGCCUUGGAGUGUACGCCAGGAUGUAUCCGAGUGCACUGUCUGACUGCGACGGCAACUGAUUUAAGGAAUCACGUUCCCGAGAAUUAGCGAAAUGCUGUCGGCCGUGGUGCUGGUCGUUCUCGCAGGACUGUCGCAGCCGCGGAUCGGCACGGAUGCGGCGCCGUCCGAAGGGCUGACCCCUUUCGGUUUCCUCAUGGCCAGGGCGUACGGCGAACCGGCCGAGCACCAGGUUAUGCGGUUCAUCGCGUUCAAGCCCAGCGAUGGAGCCAAGUUCCGGGAAACGUUCGAGAAGAAACACGGGCCCCGCGGACGCGAUCUGAUCGACAGCUUGGGACGGGGCUUGUACAGGACGCCGACGGACCAGGAUCCGGGAGCCCCAGUGAUUGCUGAUGGGGCAUCAGGCAAAGCGUCGGUCAAGAAUCCCGUUUCAGGUGCCGAACGAGCGAAGCAACAAUAAUUUUUUUUGUUGAUUUUUCUCCGUUCGGCCAGCCGGAUCGGUGUUACUGUCGACGUCCGCAAAAGCGUUCAACGUUGUUCACAAACGCAACGUGCGUACAUCCAAAUUUUCUACGUAUAAUACAACGACGCUGCCACUCGGGUCUCGUCGAAACAUUAAUUUUGCCAAAAUCGUCAACGAUGACCGGUGACUGUAUGUAAAUAUUAGAUUAAACUCACGCGAUUGUAUCGAUAUAAAUAUUAUAUACUUGUAAAUAAUUGUAUUCGUGUUAUAUUGAUUUAGAAAAACGUAAAUACACGAUUCGAAGGUA